CCGGUGGUGUGAAGCGAUUGUUCUAAUGUCGUGGUGUUUUUAGUGUCAAAUACUGGAUUAGUGUGUUAUUCCAAUGGAUAUACCUCAUUUAUGAUAGUUGGCUUUCAUCGUGUCAGGCCGCCACUGAGGGGUCAUCAUGGUCAUCGUGACACGGGGGGACUACAUAUGGAUAGAACCAGUGUCGGGCAGAGAGUUCGAUGUAGCCAUCGGAGCAAGAGUCAUCUCUGCGGAGGGCCGUCGCAUACAGGUCAAAGACGACGACGGAAAGGAGGUAUGGCUGACCCCAGAGAGGCGUAUCAAGGCGAUGCACGCGACGUCGGUGCAGGGUGUGGAGGACAUGAUAUCUCUGGGCGACCUACACGAGGCCGGUAUCCUGCGCAACCUGCUCAUCCGAUACAACGAGAAUCUCAUCUAUACUUACACUGGCUCGAUACUGGUAGCUGUGAACCCAUAUCAGAUUUUGCCGAUCUACACAGCAGAGCAGAUCAAGCUGUACAAAGACCGAAAGAUUGGUGAACUUCCUCCGCACAUAUUUGCCAUCGGAGACAACAGCUACACUCAUAUGAAGAGGUUCCGGCAAGACCAAUGCAUUGUGAUCAGUGGUGAGAGUGGCGCUGGUAAGACUGAGAGUACCAAACUUAUAUUGCAAUACUUAGCAGCCAUCAGUGGCAAACAUUCAUGGAUAGAGCAGCAGAUACUUGAGGCCAACCCCAUAUUGGAAGCCUUUGGAAACGCCAAAACAAUAAGGAAUGACAACUCGUCCAGGUUUGGCAAGUAUAUAGACAUCCACUUCAACUCUGGCGGAGUGAUAGAGGGAGCCAAGAUUGAACAAUACUUGCUGGAGAAGUCAAGGAUUGUUAGCCAAUCUAAAGAUGAGAGGAACUACCAUGUCUUCUACUGUAUGCUGGCUGGCCUCAACAAGGAGGAAAAACAAAAACUGGAACUGGGCGAUGCAUCACACUACAAGUAUCUAACAGGGGGUGGAAGCAUCACAUGUGAAGGUAGGGACGAUGCAGCAGAGUUUGCAGACAUCAGGUCUGCCAUGAAGGUGCUGCUGUUCUCGGACCAGGAGAUCUGGGACAUACUGAAACUGCUGGCGUCCCUGCUACACAUUGGCAACAUCAAACACAAGGCUGCUAUCAUAGACAACUUAGAUGCAACGGAGAUCCCAGACAUGAGCAAUGUGUUGAGAGUGGCCAACUUGUUGUCCGUUCCCAAGCAACCUCUGGUUGACGCACUUACCAGGAAAACCAUCUUUGCCUCAGGCGAAACUGUGGUGUCAACAUUAUCCAGAGAACAAUCGGUGGACGUAAGGGAUGCGUUUGUCAAAGGUAUCUACGGCAGACUGUUUGUCUACAUUGUCAGCAAGAUCAACAACGCCAUCUACAGACCUAAAGGCAUCUCUCGUAGUGCAAUCGGCGUCUUGGACAUCUUUGGCUUUGAAAACUUCACAACAAACAGUUUUGAACAAUUCUGCAUAAACUACGCCAAUGAGAAUCUGCAGCAGUUUUUUGUUCAACACAUUUUCAAGCUGGAGCAAGAAGAGUACAAUGUGGAGAAUAUAAACUGGCAACACAUAGAGUUUGUGGACAACCAAGAUGCCUUGGAUCUAAUAGCAAUCAAGCAGCUCAAUAUCAUGGCUCUGAUAGACGAAGAGAGCAAGUUUCCUAAGGGCACAGACCAGACGAUGUUGGCCAAACUGCACAAGCAGCACGGCAGUCACCGCAACUACCUCAAGCCAAAGUCUGACAUCAACACAUCGUUUGGACUUAACCACUUUGCUGGAGUUGUCUUCUAUGAUACAAGAGGAUUCCUGGAGAAGAACAGAGAUACAUUCAGUGCAGACCUGCUACAGCUGGUUACUCUGUCCAACAACAAGUUCCUCAAGCUGUUGUUUGCAGAAGACAUUGGUAUGGGCUCGGAGACCCGCAAGCGAGCGCCGACGCUCUCCACACAGUUCAAGAAGUCACUCGAUGCUCUUAUGAAAACUCUCAGUUCCUGUCAGCCUUUCUUCAUCAGAUGUAUCAAGCCUAAUGAGUUCAAAAAACCAAUGAUGUUUGAUCGGGGACUGUGUUGUCGUCAACUACGGUAUUCUGGCAUGAUGGAGACCAUCCGGAUCAGGAGAGCAGGAUAUCCAAUCCGUCACACUUUUCGGGAAUUUGUGGAGAGAUACAGGUUUCUCAUACCAGGAAUUCCUCCUGCUCAUAAGACGGAGUGUCGCUCGGCCACAGCCAAGAUCUGUGCUCAAGUUCUGGGUAGAUCAGACUACCAGCUGGGUAACACCAAGGUGUUCCUGAAGGAUGCUCACGAUCUUUUCCUGGAGCAGGAGAGGGACCGGGUCCUAACCAGGAACAUCAUUAUCCUACAGCGCAGUAUCCGGGGAUGGGUCUACCGUAGGAGAUACCUCCGCAUGAGAGCAGCUGUGAUGGUCAUCCAGAAGUACUGGCUAGGCUGGGCCCAGCGACGCAGGUAUCAGAGGAUGAGGGUGGGCUACAUGAGACUACAGGCUUUGAUAAGAUCACGAGUGCUCAGCCACAGGUUCAGACACCUACGAGGCCACAUUGUAGGUCUGCAGGCAAGGUCUAGGGGCUACCUAGUGCGGCGGAUGUACCAACAAAAGAUGUGGGCCAUAGUCAAGAUACAGAGCCAUGUCAGGAGAAUCAUCGCUCAGCGCAAGUUUAACAAACUCAAGUUUGAGUACCGUACACAACUAGAAGCUUUGAAACUUAAGAAGAUUGAAGAGAGAGAGCUCAGUCAACAAGGCAACAAGAGAGCCAAGGAAAUAGCAGAGAAGAAUUACAGGGAAAGGCUCGAAGAGUUGGAGAGAAAAGAACAUGAAAUAGAAAUAGAAGAAAGGAGGAGGAUGGAAAUGAAGAAGAAUAUAAUAAAUGAUGCGGCCAAGAAACAAGAUGAACCCGUAGAUGACAGCAAACUGGUGGAAGCCAUGUUUGAUUUUUUGCCAGAUUCUAGCAGCGAGGCACCUCUACCAGCCAGGGAAACAUCUGUAUUCAAUGACCUGCCUACUGACAAGCAGGACCCCAAUGAGUUGAUCAUGGCGAUGCAGACCCAGUCGGAAGACGAGGAGGAUCUGAGUGAGUUCAAGUUCCAGAAGUUUGCCGCAACUUACUUCCAAGGCAACAUCACUCACCAGUACAGCCGCAAGCCGCUGAAGCAUCCACUGCUGCCACUACACACGCAGGGCGACCAACUGGCUGCUCAAGCUCUAUGGGUGACAAUCCUGAGGUUCUGUGGCGACCUCCCGGAGCCGAGGUAUCACACGAUGGAGCGAGAUACGACCUCUGUCAUGUCAAAGGUCACGGCCACACUCGGCAGAAACUUCAUCCGCAGCAAGGAGUUCCAAGAGGCCCAGAUGAUGGGGAUGGAUCCUGAGACCUUUCUGAAGCAGAAACCUCGCUCAAUCAGGCAUAAACUGGUGUCUUUGACACUGAAACGCAAAACCAAGCUGGGAGAUGAUGUGAGAAGGAAGCUACAAGAGGACGAGUACACGGCGGACAGCUAUCAAUCGUGGCUUGAGGCUAGACCUACGUCCAACCUGGAGAAACUACACUUCAUCAUCGGCCACGGAAUACUGCGGGCUGAACUCAGGGAUGAAAUUUACUGCCAAAUCUGCAAACAACUGACCAACAAUCCGUCCAAGUCGUCCCAUGCUAGAGGUUGGAUCCUGCUGUCAUUAUGUGUGGGGUGUUUCGCUCCGUCUGAGAAGUUUGUCAACUACCUUCGUGCCUUCAUUCGUGAAGGUCCACCAGGCUAUGCUCCCUACUGUGAAGACAGACUGAAACGUACAUUCAACAACGGAACACGUAACCAGCCCCCUAGUUGGCUAGAACUUCAGGCCACAAAGUCCAAGAAGCCCAUCAUGUUGCCAAUCACAUUCAUGGAUGGCAACACCAAGACUCUCCUGGCUGACUCGGCCACCACAGCGAGGGAACUCUGCAACCAACUCAGCGACAAGAUCGGGCUCAAGGACCAGUUCGGCUUCUCCCUCUAUAUCGCCUUGUUUGACAAGGUGUCAUCACUUGGCAGCGGAGGAGACCAUGUUAUGGACGCCAUCUCUCAGUGUGAACAAUACGCCAAAGAGCAAGGAGCUCAGGAGCGCAAUGCUCCGUGGAGGCUGUUCUUCCGCAAGGAGAUAUUUGCUCCAUGGCACGACCCUACGGAGGACCAGGUGGCUACCAACCUCAUCUACCAACAAGUUGUCCGAGGAGUCAAGUUCGGGGAGUAUAGGUGUGACAAGGAGGAAGAUUUGGCGAUGAUUGCAGCUCAACAAUAUUUCAUAGAGUUUGCAGCUGACUUGAACAUGGACAGGUUGUUGAACCUUCUACCCAACUACAUUCCUGAUUACUGUUUAACAAAUGCCGAGAAGUCGAUAGAUCGGUGGGCAGCCCUCAUAGUCCAGGCUUACAAAAAGAGCUAUUACGUCAAGGAGAAGAUUCCUGCCCUAAGGAUCAAAGAAGAUGUAGUCGGAUACGCAAAGUUCAAAUGGCCUUUACUGUUCUCUCGUUUUUACGAAGCUUACAGAAACUCAGGCCCAAAUCUACCAAAGAACGACGUGAUCAUUGCAGUGAACUGGACCGGAGUGUAUGUAGUGGAUGACCAAGAACAGGUCCUGCUGGAACUCUCCUUCCCAGAAAUUACAACUGUUGCUAGUCAUAAAACCAACAAGGUAUUUACCCAGACUUUCACCCUGUCUACGGUGCGAGGAGAGGAGUUCACAUUCCAGAGUCCCAACGCAGAGGACAUCCGGGAUCUUGUGGUCUACUUCCUGGAGGGACUGAAGAAACGGUCCAGCUUUGUGAUUGCCCUGCAGGACUACAAGGCUCCAGGUGAAGGUUCUUCAUUCCUGAGUUUCCGCAAGGGUGACCUAAUAGUGUUGGAGGACGACAGCACGGGCGAGACAGUGAUGAACAGCGGCUGGUGCGUGGGCCGAUGUGAACGUACGGGCGAGAGAGGCGACUUCCCCGCGGAAACUGUCUACGUCCUGCCCACAGUCAGCAAACCUCACAACGACAUAUUGGCAUUGUUUUCUCUGGAAGGGGCUGACCAGGGACGUAAACUUUACACUCCUCACAUGAAUGGCACGGAGCCGAGAGAGAAACCUCACACACUCGCUGAAUACGCAAUUGAUCACUUCAGACUACCUCCAAAACGCACAAUGUCCAAGGCCCUGACACUGACCUCAGUAAGACGAGGGAUGGUGGACGAUCUGUGGCGACACUCCCGUGAGCCGAUGAAGCAGCCGUUACUCCGCAAGCUGCAAGGGAAGGAAGAACUGGCUGAGGAGGCAUGUUUUGCGUUCACUGCGAUCCUCAAAUACUGCGGAGACCUUCCCGCCAAGCGUCGAGCCAGUAAUGAGUACACGGACCAGAUAUUUGACGGACCUCUGAAACAUGAGAUCUUGCGAGAUGAGAUCUUCUGCCAGCUGAUGCGUCAGCUGACAGACAAUCGCAACCGCAUGAGUGAGGAGAGAGGCUGGGAGUUGAUGUGGUUGGCUACCGGACUGUUCGCUUGUAGUCAGAAUCUUCUCAAGGAGUUGACCCUGUUCCUGAGGACCAGAAGACAUCCGAUCUCGCAAGACUCGCUGCAGAGGCUGCAGAAGACACUGCGUAACGGUCAGCGCAAGUAUCCACCUCACCAGGUAGAGGUGGAGGCAAUACAACACAAGACUACGCAGAUCUUCCACAAAGUCUACUUCCCUGAUGACACUGAUGAGGCUUUCGAGGUGGACUCAUCAACAAGAGCUAAGGACUUCUGUGCCAACAUCGCCCAGAGAUUAGGAUUGAGGUCUUGUGAAGGUUUCAGUCUCUUUGUCAAGAUUGCAGACAAAGUUAUCUCAGUCCCAGAGGGAGAUUUCUUCUUUGACUUUGUCCGCCAUCUUACUGACUGGAUCAAAAAGGCCAGGCCGUCAAGAGAUGGAGCCACACCUCAGUUCACCUACCAAGUGUUCUUCAUGAAGAAACUUUGGACCAACACUGUCCCUGGGAAGGAUCGUAACUCUGACCUCAUCUUCCACUUCCACCAAGAGCUUCCUAAGCUACUCAGAGGAUAUCACAAGUGCACUAAAGAAGAAGCGGCACGUCUAGCUGCACUUGUAUAUCGUGUGAGGUUUGGAGAGAGUAAACAAGAAUUGCAGGCUAUUCCACAAAUGCUGAGAGAGCUGGUGCCAGGUGAUUUGUUGAAGGUGCAAAGUUCUGCUGACUGGAAACGAGCUAUUGUUGCAGCUUACAACCAAGAUGCAGGAAUGAGCCCUGAAGAUGCUAAGAUCACUUUCCUGAAGAUAAUCUACCGAUGGCCAACAUUUGGUUCGGCAUUUUUUGAGGUGAAGCAGACGACAGAACCAAACUACCCUGAGAUGCUUUUGAUAGCUAUCAACAAACAUGGAGUGAGCCUGAUCCAUCCUCAGACUAAGGACAUUCUUGUUACGCACCCGUUUACUCGUAUCUCCAACUGGUCGUCUGGCAACACGUAUUUCCAUAUGACAAUCGGUAACCUGGUCCGAGGGUCGAAGCUGUUAUGUGAAACGUCCCUUGGAUACAAAAUGGAUGACCUGCUAACUUCCUACAUCUCACUCAUGCUUACCAACAUGAACAAACAAAGGCCCAAGUAAGAAUCACGGGUGCCAACUCAAAAACUGUUUUAAAGCUAUGUUUGUGAAAUCCCUCUAGUCUGGCACAGAUAAAAGUGAAACUUGUCAGAACGAUUGUCUAAAAUUAUAUUUAGGAAAUAUUGAAUUAUAUUUUAAUAUAUUCAUAGAGUAUGAAUCAUUAUUAUUUUAAAAAGACAAAGGAUUACUAUAUUCUGUAUGAUUCAUGGAUUAUGGUUCUUGAUGUAAAUAUUUACAUUUAUCUUUUAUGAAAAAAAUGUUAUAUUUGAAAAUGCAAGUUAUGAGUAACAAAGUAGGGUUUCUUCAUAAAAGUGUUGAAACGUUUUCAACUUGUUACAAGACUGAUAUUUAUAAAAGGUUUCUUUUUUGUUUUUAUUUUUUUUAUUUUGUCCAGUUAAUUAAUUAGGUAAUUAUAAGUUUACAGUGCUUGAUUUGUUAAAAAUAAGGUGCCGGGACUGUAACCUACCAAGAAUUAUGACCCUCAUAUCCACUCUCAAAAAAUUGUUUACCUGUGUUUAAGUAUCAGGAAAAAAAGAAACAUUUCAAUAAAGUCAAACUUAUUUAUGAAUUUUGUUUCCUGAUGCCAAUAUUUUAUCUUUCUGAAAGAGGUACCUCCGUGUAAAGAUGCGGUGUGAACGCUGUUCCGCCACAAAUCAAGCACUGAGUUUAUAAUGCGAUAAAUUCCAUUGAAAUUAUGAUUCAACAUACAAUAAACGAAGAUUAAGAUAAUUUAUGCAAGUGUAAUACAAUAUUAACUCAGCUAAAGUUGUGUUAAACUUAAAAUGUUACUCAAGUUUACGUGAUCUGGAAUUACUAGAAAAUGCAAACAAACUCUUGAUAUUGUUUGAUACAUCACUACUUAAUUUGUAAUUUUAAUUUUAUUGGUUUGAAUUCAUGACACUCUUUGAUAUUUUAAUCUAUAUUUUUUAGCUAAUAAAAGAAAGGUUUGUAGUUAAAUGUAUUGUAAAGCAAUAUAACCAGUAUGUAAUUGUAAAACAAUAUUUCAUUCAUCUUUUUUAUAGCUGGAUUUAUAUCAAGAGAUUUUUUAUAUAAUUGAUUGAUUAGAGCUUUGUUUAAAAGUCUAUUUUUGUACAAUUAACUUAUUAGCAUUAGUUGUAAUGAUAAAAUAAAGUCAAAUUUAACUAAUAAAUCGCUCUAUGAAAAUGUAAAUAAAUCUUGUCUUAAAGUGAUUGUUUUUUUUUAACAUGUCAUUU